UGUUUCCGUGUGAGUGUUUGGGCCACACAGUACUGUUUCGGCUUUGUAAAUUCACGUCAUCGUUUUGAUUCAGUGUUCAGUGCUUUCUUUAAUUAAAAUCAUCAUGAACACUUACCACUUACUUUGGUCCUCCUCUCUUUCUCCCGAAGACGAUCGUUACAACAAGCAAGAGUAUGAAAGAGUGGCAGGAGUAAAAUGAAAGCAAUAAAUUCAGCAAGAUUAAAGUGACAAGUGGAUUUUGCACCCCUCAAAACACAGGAAAUAGAUGGCAAAAAAAGAAGAUCCUCAGAUGGUGUUAAUAAAGCACUCCGUACCAGUGAUAGUGGUCCAAAGCCACUGCUCCUGUGUUGCAGGAAGUGCUCUGUGCAAUCAUCUGGUGGCCCUUCUUUACCAGACAGUGCACUACUCUCAACUAAACAUUCCUGUUGCACCACCAGUGGAUACAUGCCUGAUAUGGACCUUCCCUGCAUCUCAGAAACGUAUGCCAACUUUUCUCCACUUUACUGCCCCUCUUCUGACAUAUCCAUUGUCACCUGAUGUGCCCCUGGUUGAGUCCACCUUUGGGCCAGUGCAAUGCGGCAGUGUUCUGUCCUAUCAACUUCCACAGCCAAAGACCUGUGAAAUUGUAAAGAUUGCCGAUGCCCCUUUUCCACCAAUACUUCCAUUAGAUGGCUACAGGCUUCAGGCUUCCCAGUGUGCUUACGUCCUUAGCCAUCAGGAGCAGUUCCACCUCAAUGCAUUAGAGACAACCUACAAGAUAUCACACAAAGUCAAGGUUGAACAUCAGCUCAGGAAAAUGAGAAUAACAUCCUCUCUUUUCCGAAAGGUUUGCCAUGUCCUGGGAGAGACCUCAGCUGACCACCUAGCUGAGCGGAUGUUCAAGGGAUCUGGUAUACAGACCAUGGAGAUGAAGAGGAGGCUAGCCAUGGAGCCAGUGGCUGUACAGGAGUACUGCACACUGAAGAUUGUUAACUUCUUUCCGUGUGGCUUCGUAGUGCACCAAGAUGCUCCAUGGUUAGGAUCCUCUCCAGAUGGCAUCAUAUUUGAUUCCAGUGUUAGACCACACGUUUAGGCUCUUAGAGGUGAAGUGCCCAAUUGUACCAAGUUAUGUCGACUGCUCUUACCUGAAGAUACAGAAUGGAGAGCUGAUGUCCUUACCUGAAGAUACAGAAUGGAGAGCUGAAGUUGAAGAGAUCUCAUGCUUACUACUGGCAGGUGCAAGGUGAAAUCCUUCUCACAGGUUGUAGCUGAUGUGACUUUGUCAGCUGUGCACAGGAGGACAUCCUAGUCUACAGGUUUCAAAAACUAUAAGAGAGAAGGUUGACCACUUUUAUUUUUUACCAGUACUUGCAGAAGUGUCUCUCGCACCUGACUGGAUCCCCUGCAUGGGUGGCAAGUUUAGUGGUUUUAUGAAAAAUAAGUAUUGAUGUUCUUGUGAAGAAAUCUACAGUAGAAUAGAUUUGUUUAAAAAAAUGUAUUUCAGCAAAUGUUCAACAGUUCAGUUAAUCAAUUACACAUCUAACAUUGUAUUCAAUCUUGCAUUCUGGUUAUUCUGUGUUUCCCCCACCCCUGUCACUCAUUGCCUAAUUAAAGCCAAUACAAGCUCCACACAAACUGAUAUUCACUACAACACAAAUGAUUGAUACAUGUUGUAGAUAAACAUAUUAUUUUGCUGCUAGCAAAUAAACAGAUGUACAUUUACACUGGCUUGACCCAUGCUCUGGACCGGAUCAGAGACGACACAGUCCACAGGCAGUGCACCUUGUUCUUCAUCCCCCUCAGUCGGAGCAGGAGGUUUCAGUCUUCUUUCCCGAACACCAGGUCUCUUUUGAAUUUGCCAGUUCCACACGAAUACAGUAGGAACAACAUCUCUUUUUAGCUAUUGUCUUACACCAGUCUCACAAUUCAAUAAAGUAUAAAAGCCAACAGUUCAAUAUUCUAACACUGCUAUGCGGACGUGGACACAUUGGACCCUGAAAGCCACUUUAGAGUGACAAAACCAUGUGGAAACUGGGUUGCAAAGAUCAAAGUUAGGCCAGUGGCCCUCAUGAUAGAGGACUGAGCAGCUCAGAGUAGUGUAAUGAGCUGGGCUGUAAACAUUGACCAGACCCAGACAGUACAAGUCAUAAAAAUGAGGAGCCAAAACACAUCAAUGGGAGGGAGUGACACUUGGGUACCACAGGCAGCAGCUGUUUCCCAUUCACAGGAAGAAGAAAACAUUCUUAAAUGCAAUUCUACUAAUUUUGCAAUAGGGCACAGAGAAACUGUUGCAAUUUUAUAAAACAGAAGGCCAUCCUCAUUUUGCAAUGGGGCAGAUUGCAGUUUUAAAGCAAGUUUUUUGCAGUUCUACACAU